AUGUCGUUGUUCAAAGUCCGAGACUGUUGGUCGACCGUUUGCGGCCGGGGCGAGACUUUCGGGUGCGACGCCUUGGCGGUGGACGACCUGUUCGGCGCCGGCGAGGACAACAUCGUCUUGGGAAGCUUUGACGGCGUCCUCAGGGUAUAUGGUGUGCACGCCAACCCGCCGCCCGAUUUGCGGUACUCGCCGUCCGACCUGUUGAUCGAAGCGCAAAUGGACAGUCCCGUGUUGCAGGUGUGCACCGGUAAAUUAAUCAGCUGUUCGCCAAACAAAAACAUUGCAGUUCUUCAUCCGCUUUCAUUAGUCGUACAUGGGGUAAAUUGCAUAGCUGGAUCAACAGAGCAUGGCGAUCAGUAUGUAUUGGAAACGAUGUACGAACACAAAUUCGACCGGAGUGCAUAUCAAAUGGUCGUGGGCCCUUUUGGCGGCGGGUUGGGCAACAGAGAUUUCGUGUGCGUCAUGUCACUGGACGGCGCCGUCACGGUAUACGAACAACAGGCUUUCGGUUUUCGCACGRUGUUGCCCAAUUACCUGCACCCGUUUCCCAUCAAGUACGUCCGAUCCGUUGACGCAUUUAUCACUCUCAACUCUGACCUAUGCUUGGUCUGUUACAAGUGA